UCUAUGUGUUUCCUCUGACCCGGCCCCGACGAUCCCCACGUCACCGCAUCCCGUGGCGUCUACAAAGACGGCUUUUCCUGCCGCUCCCGCUAGCUCGACCCUCACCCACCUCCAGCUCCUUCUCGAUCUCACGUCAGAAAUGGAGAGGGAACGGCUUCUGUUGCUUGGAGUGGCUGUUGCUUUAUCGGCAUGUUGGUUCGGUUCGCUCGCUUCGGCACAGAUGAUUCAUCCGGGGGAAUUAAAAGCUUUGAAAGCAAUCCGUAACAAUCUUGGCGAUCCAUUAAAGCAUCUUCGCAACUGGAAGAAGAGCGAUCCUUGCACUUCCAACUGGACAGGGGUCAUCUGCACACAGAUCCUGGAUGAUGGCUACCUGCACAUUCAAGAACUGCGGUUGUUAAAUAAGAACCUGACGGGGACAUUAGCUCCUGAGCUUGGUGUACUCACCCAUGUGACUUACUUGGAUUUUAUGUGGAACAACAUAAGUGGCAGCAUACCAAAAGAGAUCGGCAACAUGACUUCUUUGCAACUCCUGCUUCUAAGUGGAAACAAUAUAUCGGGUCCUCUACCUGAUGAGCUCGGAUCCCUCCCCAAUAUAACGAAAUUUCAGCUGGACCUUAACCAAAUAUCAGGACCACUUCCCAGCUCAUUUGCGAAUUUGCUAACCGUUCAGCACUUUCACAUGAACAACAAUUCCAUCAGUGGCCAGAUUCCUCCUGAGCUCUCUAAGCUGCCUAAGCUUAAGCACUUCCUUCUGGAUAACAACAACUUGUCAGGUCAUCUCCCACCACAGCUCCACAUGAUGCGAAGUCUGACGAUUCUCCAACUGGACAACAACAAAUUUGAGGGGACUGAAAUCCCUCCUACUUAUUCAAACAUGUCCCGUCUCGUGAAAUUGAGUUUGAGAAACUGCAAUUUGACAGGUGCUAUUCCUGAUUUUAGCACCAUCCAGAGUCUUCUUUAUUUAGACCUUAGCUUAAAUUACCUAAGUGGAAGCAUACCCACAAAUAAGCUUUCUUCGAGUAUCACUACUAUUGAUCUCUCCCAUAAUCAACUUACAGGGACUAUUCCAUCAAAUUUUUCUGGUUUUACCCAGCUUCAAAAACUAUCUCUUCGUGACAAUUUCUUGUCCGGUGAUGUUCCAACCAAUAUAUGGCAGAAUAUCACUUUUAAGGCGACAUCAACACUAAAUUUGGAGUUCCAAAACAAUGCACUUACUAAUGUUGUGGGCAGUCUCAAUCCUCCUCCAAACGUCACAAUCAGGCUUCAAGGGAAUCCUGUUUGCAGAAGAGAGAACGAACUUGGCAUAGUCACCUACUGUGCACCUGAAGAUGGCAGCGCUGAUGCUCCUGCCAAUUAUACGUUCUUAAACAGCAGCAACUGCCCAUCUCAGCAUUGCCCCGGCUAUUUCGAACAUGUGCCUGAUGCCCCAGAUCCAUGCUACUGUGCCGCACCGCUCGGGGUUGGAGUUCGUUUACGCAGUCCUAGUAUUUAUGACUUCCGCCCAUAUGCUGAUGAGUUCAGAUCUUACGUAACCUCCAAUCUUGGCUUAGAACCCUAUCAGCUGGUGAUUGACUCCUUCAUAUGGCAGAAAGGUCCCAGGCUCCUAAUGUUUCUAAAGUUAUAUCCUGAGAUUGGCAAUUAUUCUGGUGAAUUCAGUGCAAGUGAGGUCCAACGACUUGUGAGCGAUUUUGCAACCUUUACAAUAAUUGGGAAUGAUACAUUUGGGCCCUAUGAUCUGCGAAAUUUUACUCUUGGAUAUUAUCAACCCGAUGUUAAUCUGCCAAUGAGCUCGGGCAUGAGCAAGGGGGUUCUGGCUGCAAUUGUACUUGGAUCCAUCUCUUCUGCUGGUGUCACAGGCCUAGCCAUUGCGUUUCUGUUCUACCGAAGACACCCUAGGAACCGGAAUCAAGGUUCAAGGACAAAAUCAGCUUCGAAACUUUCCAUGAAAGUCGAAGGAAUAAAAGAAUUUUCCUUUGCUGAUCUUGAGAAGGCGACAAGUAGCUUCGACAUCACUGCUCAGAUAGGACAAGGAGGUUACGGGAAAGUUUAUAAAGGUGUCUUAGGAGAUAGCACUGUGGUGGCAAUCAAACGUGCACAGCAAGGAUCGCUGCAGGGCCAACAAGAGUUCUUUACUGAAAUAGAAUUCUUGUCAAGGCUACACCAUCGCAACCUUGUUGCCUUAGUUGGGUACUGCGACGAAGAAAGUGAGCAGAUGUUGGUAUAUGAGUUCAUGCCAAAUGGUUCCCUUCAAAAUGUCUUAUCAGAUCGAUAUAGAAGCCCGUUGAGUUUUGCAGUCAGAUUGAGCAUCGCCUUGGGUUCAGCCAAGGGCAUUCUCUACCUUCAUACAGAAGCAGACCCUCCCAUCAUACACCGGGAUAUCAAAGCCAAUAAUAUAUUAAUAGACAGCAGAUUCAAUGCAAAAGUCGCAGACUUUGGAAUCUCGAGACUUGCUCCAUUGCCAAAUACUGAUGGUUAUGUGACUGCUCACAUAUCCACAAACGUAAAGGGCACGCCUGGCUACGUCGAUCCAGAGUACUUCUUGACACACAAGUUAACAGAAAAGAGUGAUGUUUACAGCCUUGGGAUUGUAUUUUUGGAGCUGUUGACAGGGAUGCAGCCCAUAUCUCAUGGUAGAAACAUUGUCAGGGAGGUGCUGCAAGCUUGUCAAUCUGGAUCGAUGUUCUCCAUCAUAGAUCGAAGCAUGGGGCCAUAUCCUUCUGAAUGUAUCAAGAAGUUCAUGGCAUUGGCCCUCAAGUGUUGCGAAGAUCAGACAAAGGCACGACCGACAAUGUUGGAGGUGGUACGAGAAUUGGAGAAUAUAUCUUCCAUGCUACCGGAAACCGACACUAUUGCCUCAGAAUCAGAACCUUCCAUUUCAGGAACGGGGGGUUCUGCCUCACAGCCUCUUUACGCCAGGAGAAGUCCAUACACAUCCACCGAUUUGAUUGGCAGUGACCUUGUAAGUGGCGUGAUACCCAAGAUCAGCCCCCGUUAAUGCGCCGUGAACGUUACGUCCGUGUUAACUAGGAUCUGUCACGCCAUGUAACGUAUCUUUCGGGCCCUCCAAGAGUGUUUUUCCAACGCAUGAAGAACUUGGCGAAUCAACCUUGUGCGAUCCUUUGACCUUCUGUAGCAUUCGGACCAAAGAACUUCGACAUGUUGGAAAUUUCUCGAAGUUUUCUAACAACUCAUGGAUGGCAUAAGUUCAAGAAUAGGACUCUACAAGAUCC